AUGUCCAACCCACCAACGGAGAUUAAUUACCUAGUAAGAUUACAUCGGGAAUCCUUGAAGCGAGAGCAAGAACUGGUGGCCGUGCGUGUUUACCAUGACCAUCUGAUAAGUGCUACACGAGCGGCGUUUGAUGCGGAGGUGAGAUCGAUCGAGGAGGAGUUCACAAACGCCAGGACGCAGGCGAAGGAGAAAUUACUGGAGAGCUUGGAGGAGCGUCGGAAGAAACUCAAGGACGAGAAGGAGCUGAUCGAUUUUAAUGAGGAGGCCGUCGGCCACAGCCAUCGUACCCUUACCACCCGCGGCCUGAGGAACCGCUCCUCGAACCGGACCGGCUUCCCGCGUGGCUCACCUGCCCUGGGCGGUUCAUCCUAUCCUACCAACGGUAGCCGACUCGAAGGCUCCUCCUUCAACAACCCCGACCAUCUCUCAGCCGACCCAGAGCUCGGAUCCUCCGGCACCGGAUUACCGCCCGCCGCCGGCUUCAUCACAGCUGAUGACCCCUUCUCGAUGGCCACCCUCAACGUUGACCCCCAUCUACGUCAAUCGCCGAUCUUCCAGCAACUCCUCCAACUCGGCACUCAUAGUGGCUCUCGAAGAGGUGGUCCAGGUGCGCCCCCCGGAGGUCGACGGGCUCCAACAGGCCUGCCCGGCGCUAUCUCCCUCCCUUCGAUCACCCCGGGUACCUGGAAUAACUUCCAUAAGAGUCAGCUUGGAAUCUGCUCUGCUAAGAACGACGAUACCGAUGCCGACGUCGAGCAGAUCCGUCACCUCGCCGGCCUCCUCUCUCCUAAGAAACGUCGAAUGAAUAAUCCCUCGAAUCCUUCAAAUCUGAACCAGUCUACCACUAAUCCGAAUAGUCAUACCCUUCAUCACCAUAGAGAAAAGAGUAAGAAGUAGAACUGAAUCUCUGUUGUUGUUGUUGUUGUUGUAAGGUUUUUGUUUUGUUUUAUCAUUCAUAUUGUUUGUACAAUCUAAUGGUGUGAGAUGAGCUCACUUUGAUAUGUCAUUCAUAUAUAACUACUACUGCUUCUACUAAUAGGUUCUCUCUCAGAAAAUUAAUCUUAUUAGUUUGGGUGUGUAACAUGCAACAAAGUCUGAUCCACCAAUCCAAGAAAACCCGUUCAACAAAUUGUAAAAACCUUUAAUCCAAAUGUGUU